AUGCUCCCCAGCGCCGUGGCGGCCCACGCCGGCGCGUACUGGGACGUGGUAGCUUCCUCCGCGCUCCUCAACCUGCCCGCAGCGCCCGGCUUUGGCAACCUGGGCAAGAGUUUCCUGAUCGAGAACUUGCUGCGGGUCGGAGGCGCCCCUACGCACGGGCUGCAGCCGCCCCCGCCCCACGGUCGGGCGGCCGCCCUAGCCUCGGCCGCAGCCGGCGCGCAGCUCCGGCCCCUGCCCGCCAGCCCCGUUCCCCUCAAGCUGUGCCCUGCGGCGGAACAAGCCAGCUCCGCCGGGGCGCCCUACGGCACGCGGUGGGCUUUUCAAGUGCUCAGCCCCUCCGCGGACGGCGCGAGGCUGCCGGGCCGGGCUCCAGCGGACCGAGACUGUACCUUCCAGCCUUCAGCCCCAGCACCGUCCAAACCUUUUCUUCUGAGCGCCCCGACAUUCUACUCGGCAUGUUGUGGUGGGUCCUGUCGGCGCCCUGUGUCCUCCGCUGCUUUUCCAAGAGAAGAGAGCGUGCUGCCUCUCUUGACACAGGACUCGAAUUCCAGAGCUCGGAGGGGCAUUUUAAGAAGAGCUGUCUUUUCUGAGGAUCAGAGAAAGGCUCUGGAGAAAAUGUUUCAGAAGCAGAAAUAUAUCAGCAAAACAGACCGAAAGAAACUUGCUCUCAACUUGGGACUAAAGGAAUCACAGGGACAGAUGUUAGCCAAAAUUUUACCUCUACAAGAACAGAUAGUUAAAUUUUAUGAAGAACAGAAUCAGGAAUGUGAAUUAUUGAAAGAAGAUUUCUAUAGAAAUGCAGCAUUUCCGUGUGAUAUCAUGUCAAAUUGA